GUUUCACUUCACUUUCACUUUUGUUUUAAAAAUCAAAAUGUCACUAAACUCCAACAACCAACAAGAAUUUAUAAAAGUUGUUCAUAAAAGAAAAGGCAAAUUAAAAAAUAAAAUAAAAAAUGAGAUGCUACUACCUGUUAGAGAAUGCAACAAACAAUUUGAUCUGAGUAAACAUACGAGAAGAGUAUCAGAAGCAAAACAAGAACUCCUUUCAACAGACAUUUUCCAAUCAGUCUCGGCAUUAUUAAAAGAAGCAUUAACGCACUUGGACAAUCCAAAAGUCGGUAAAAUAAUCACCUUGGGACUAGGACAAAUAACUGAUUUAACAGUGCCCCGGUAUCAAUUAGCUUUACUACUCUGUCUCCAAGACUUAUUGGAAGCAAAAAUUAUUGCUUUUGAUCCAAUAUUUAAUGAAAACGAUAAAGAACUCCUCACCAAUUUUGGUAUUAAAGUUGAAAACCUCAACGUUGAAGCUAAACAUAAAGUAAACACUGAAACAAUCUUGUUUUACCUACCUCAUUGCCCCAAACAAUUAACCAAUAAUUUGCUUUGGUCUAAUUGGGGGUUGAAUUUAAGUAAAUGCAUAAUUAUAGGUAAUAGUAUUAGUAAAAUAAUAGAAGAUGAUUUAGGCAUAUUAGUCAAAUAUGUUGACAAAAUUUGUCCUUAUGUUUUAGAACUGAAUAUUGUUAAUAAUUUUAAAAUAUUUGAAGUGUUCAAUGAUACUUCAAUACACAUAUUUCCAAUGGAUAAAUUGAAAUUCUUAUCCCAAGAUUUUUGGGAAGAACAUCAAGAGCCUCAAUACUCUGAUAGUGAUAUAGAAUUUGUUAGGCAAAAUAAACUAGUUUUGUAAAGAGAAUUAAACUUAUUAUUAACAAUUUGCAUCAAUUUGUCCAUUCCACAAAGCAUCUUUUCCACAGGUUAACUUAUACGUUUCCUUAUUCUGGCAGGUAACAGUCAGAUCAUCACCGAAUAAGUAUGAAUUGCCCACAAUUUGCGCAUUUGAUGAUACAUGAGGUUUACCAC